UUACGGUUUUGAACAAGACUUUCGAAAAGCCAAACUUGUUGAUAGAAAUUGGAGAAGUAGACAGGUGUGACAAUAUAAUGUUUCCGUCUACUGCCGCUAACACUAAACAAGCCAAGAACAGAAUGGUUGAUCAGAUUGUCGUUGGCUGUGGAACAGAGAUUGGAAAAAAAGUAUUUAGCGGCAGCUUGUUUAAAAACAUGUCGGGAAUGUUGCCUUCAACUACCGAUAUCGACUCGUUAGACAGUUCAAUCAACGGGCCGGUUUUGGCCUUUAGUUUUUACGGACAUGAACUCAGAAAAGAGGACGUCAUGCUAACCUUCCAUGUCUUUGAUAGAAAAUUAAGGAAGCCUGCAUGUUCCUUUUGGGACACAAAUCAAAGCGAGAAAGGCCACUGGUCCACAAACGGAUGCACUUUGAAACACUUUGACACCAAAAAGGGAACCGUGUCCUGUCAUUGUGACCACCUUACAAACUUUGCUGUUCUUAUGAGCCCUGCCAUUACCACUGAAACGGAAACUAUUCAUCAUCGCCGCCUUGGAGUUUUAUCAAUCGUGGGAUGCAGUAUAUCUAUAAUUGGUUUGGUUCUUACCAUUACAACCUAUGUGUGCUUCUGGAGGGCUGUACGUUCGAAUAGGUCAGUUUUGCUUCUCAACCUGUGUACGGUUCUAGUUCUGGCUUACGUCCUGUUUCUUGCAGGAGUGAACUUCACUUCGCAUCAUGCCGUGUGCACGUCCAUUGCUGUUCUGCUCCAUUACAUAUUUUUGGCUGCCUUUUUCUUGAUGCUAUCGGAAGGAUGUAUUAUUGCACAAAUGGUGCUCAGACCCCUUGACAAAAGAAACAUUUUAAAAAUAUUGCUUGGAAUUUCUUACGAACUUCCCCUGGUCGUUGUGGUCAUUUCUGCUACAUUAUCUAAACUGAAAGGUUAUGGAAAUGACAAAUUCUGUUGGCUUAGCAUUGACUCGGGACUUUUCUGGGCUUUUGCAGGACCGGCAUUGACAAUUAUUUUUACGAACACCAUCAUCACGGUCGCUGUUAUCAAAAGGUUGUUUGGGACUUCCGCUAUGUCAAAACGAGGAGAUGCUGACAAGAUCAAGACCGGGCUACGGAGCGUGUGUAUUUUGUUGCCAGUGUUCGGGAUCACGUGGCUGUUCGGAGUGUUUGCUGUCAACAAAGAUACUGUCGUUUUCCAGUACCUCUUUGUCAUUUUCAACAGUAUUCAGGGGGUCCUUAUCUUCAUCGUUCAGUGCAUAAUGGAUCGGAAGGUGCAGGAGGCGUUCAGAGCAAGGCGACCCAGAUGGCUUGCACCAGAGGUAUCGACCACUGCAAUCGAAAUGAAAACGAAAUCCUCGGCUGUAGGAAAAUCAAGCGUGAUGUCCAACGAAUCAACUGCAUAACUGACGAAUAUGCAGUCUACAUGUAUGUCGAAAAAGUCG